UUUCCGCCUUUUCUCGCUAGGUACUUGUUUACCGAAAAGGAGACACAAGACAGAUUCCUUUCAAAGAUGAUAGUCCCAGUUAUGGGCAAGGAUCCAAGGUGGUUGCUUGUUGAAGUUUGCAGGGAAUUUCAGCGUGGAAAAUGUUCUCGGACAGAAGACGAAUGUCGUUUCGCACAUCCACCGACUCAUGUGGCCAUCCAGAAUGGAAAAGUCACGGCUUGUUUCGACUCGUUAAAGGUAUGUGCGUUUUUGUCUUAACGGUAGUAAUUGUAUGGUAUUAUGGAUUACUUGUGGUGACAUUUUCGUUGAUUUUUGGUCACAACUACGAACUUUGUAUAAAUUCUUUUGUUGGCACCGGUUUUUGAGAACUUGUUGCGUCGUUUUCUGCGACACAGGUUUUUCGCGGGCGAUUCAAGUAUUAAGCGAUUUUGAAUACGUGGUAUGACUUGGCAUUUUGAAAACUGCGUUUUAUUAUUUCCCUUCUUUGGGAAAUUUUUAUACAGUGGUUUCAGUGGCUUUGACAAAGCGAUAUUUUUAAUGUCACAAAGAAGUACAGUGACUAUAUAGGCAGAGGGCACUGAAACAUGCAACCUCAGCACGCAGUUCAAUAUUUGGAGGAAACACGUUAUGUUUCUCUCAAAACUACUUAAAACUUUGAUUGUGAGUCGUCUAAGUGGUUAUGGUUGGGGUUCUAAACGAUGUUUGUGGCUCUUUUGUCUAAGCCAUCCAAUAUUCGCCGUUAAGUUGGGUAAACUAGUGAGAAUAUUAUGUGACAGGUUCACUGUUGUGUGCCUGCAUGUCAGAAAAAAAAUCGACAGUUUGCCCUUUGUGUGUCAUAAUACAAAAUAUUGCCUUGCGUUUCUGCGUUUCGUGAACAAUGUGUUGACACGAUACAUGAAAGAAGUCAAGAGAGAUCUUUCGUGACGCAUGAACUUGUUGGUAAUUUUUCUGUGCACGAACCAUGUUAUUAGCUUUGUGUACUAAACGCUUUAGUAUAAAUCGAAUUUUCCGUUUGCUCACUGAGAAGGAAAUCCAGGUUAUGUCAAGUCAAAAUCGAAGUGCACGUCUUGAGGAAAAACUUCUUCAACCAAAGGCAUUUCGUGCACGUAGGGGCGAAAAACUCAGGAGGGGAUUUCAACGUCAACAUAUGGGCAAAGUAUAAUGUCUUUGUUCUAUCUACCGAGGCAGAUCUUACCUCACGGAAUCAAAAUUCCUCUAUAUUUUCGUAACUGUCAAUUUAAGUCGCAAAAUAGCAGAUUUUAAAUUUUGAUCUUUUACCCCCGAUUAGUACGCGAAAAGAAUAUUCGUGAAUUUCUCCUGCUGAAACGGGGAAAUAAUUGCGUGCCCGAGUGAAAAUUUGUUUUGGAAUAAUUCUCACGCGAUUGUUUAAUUUACUCGGUCAUUAAAUACUUUGGUUUGAGUAUUUUCAGCAUCCGCUUUUCCUUCACGGUUUUGCGUGACAUAAGUUGAAAUUUGCAAUUAUAAAAUUAUAGUUCUUGGUCCGCAUUCAGACAAAAGAAAUCAAAGUGUUGGCCAAGACUUCCGCUGGCCCUAUUUCUUUCCUUUCGCUAAGUUGUUGAACAAUUUCCGCAUAUUGUUUCUUGGGAUGCUUUGAUUCUUUUUCGCAACGCACACUAGAAAUAGGCGAUAUCAGAAUUUCUAUGAUUUUUUUUGUUGAUUCUAAUUUAAAUGUUACAGUGAAUCAUUUGUUUUUUUUCAUGGACAUCUUAAUGCAACGUCCAUUUAAUUUUCUAUUACUGGUUGAAAUUUAGCUUCCCUUUCUUCGCUACAAACAAAGUUUUUUCAUUCUGCCUUUGUACACUUUCCUACACUUCAUGUGGCCUUGAAAAUUUGACCUUGAAGAGAAAACGGCUCACUGCCCUCUUUUGAUAACACAUGUUGUGGUUUCAAAGUUUAGGCAAGAUCCCUUUUAAACAACCUGUUAUGCUGGUUUAAAUGACAAUAGUGUCAAUUUGCCAGCAUUUUAAAGUGCCCUGAGUUGUCAAACGUGAUCUUUUUAGGAUGUCAAUCGUAACAUCAAACUUCCUCAUGUAUCUUUUUUGCAAAGCAUAUUUUUCUUGUAUUUUGUGAAUGGGGUGACUUUUAAAUUUGCCAUUCAGGCUUUUGAUGUAGACAGAAAAAUCAGUGAGGAACUAGAAUAUAAAUUUACUGUAACUUAAUACCAGUUUGAAUGUUUUACUUUUCUUCAAAGCUAGCCUUAGUGAGAAAGGACCAGCCGUAAAGUGAUAAUAUUUGCUAUAUUCAGGCAGGUUCUCGGUUAAACCCUAAUGCAACCACAAUUAUCAGUACUACAGGGUGGCACCAGUGUUCUCUGUUGUCUUGAAAAUUUCUAAGCAAUUUUUUGACUUGGAAUUAGUUUUCCUUAUGUUUAUGUAUAGAGGUUUUCUCUUGAACAAAAUUAAGCUCUUGAAUUUUAAAAACAGAAAGAGAUUGAGAAAGUCAUCCCUCAGAGUGGUAAACCUUUUAGACAUAUUUUGUUUGCAUGUGCCCUAGCCCGUGUGAAACGUUAAUCCUGUCUUACAUGGUCUGUAGCCAUAAGUAUGCUUGUGGAAUCAUAAGCAGUUUAGUCUGUCUUUUGAAAGUUUAACAUCAUAAUUUUGUAGUCAGGUGUCUACAGUCUAUGACCUGUACCCAGAAAGUGUCAAAGAAUGAUUUGUUCCUUUCCUAGGUCAGGCAUGGGCAAACACAGGGCAAAAGCAAAGACAAUAAAAAAGACUUUUCUGUCUUUUGGUUUGCCAGCAGGGGUUUAGUCUUGCUACUCAGACAUAAUUUGUCUGUGAUAUUAAUAUUGAAAUUCUUACAAAUUUGCAGUAGACUGGAUCAAAAUGCUAAGAUGGUUAGGUGAUUUAGGUUUUUACGUCGAUCAAUGGUAUUCUGUAUAUGCUGUUCUACUUCCUUCUGUUUUGGUUUGCACCUAGUAAAAAAUGCCUGUUAGUUUAUGAACUUGGUGACAUGUGUUCUCAGUUUCUGAGCUUAUCUGAUUAUCCUUGUUAUGAAAUAAGCUUUCUCAAGGGUUGUUUUAGAUAUAUAAUAAGCUGAUUAAUUUUAAUGCUACUAUUUAAUCAGUUUGUCGGGUCAAAGUUAGCAGGUUGAUGUUUCAGCAGAAAGAGCGUACAUUCUGUUAAUAAUACGUCACAAGACAAGAGAGUUUUUAAAUGGAGAUUAUUCUUAAAUGAUGACAGGCGAGUACUAUUUCUGGAAUGUGGGUUUUUUAUUAAUAGGUAUAUUAGAUUCAGUGCACAAUGACAUAUAUGCUAAGGAGCCUGAUGACAAAGUGUCUAGACUUGUGCCUGGUUUAUUUGAAUCAUUUAGAAAUUUUAUCCUUCCUCUUAGGUUUUUGUAAGGAAUAGGAUUAAAACCAGUCCUUCUUCCAACUUUUUAGGUAUUAAAUUUUAAAUGUAUGGCUCUCUCUAUGUAGCUGAUAUUUCAGAUAGAUGACAAGGUCAGUCUUUUGCUUGGCACAUUACUUUGACCCCUCAAUUUGAAACAGUGCAUUUGAUUGCUGGCACCUGUUGAUUUUGUCUCUUUUCUCUUGAAAUCAGUAGGAAUCUGUGCUGAAAUAACCACCUGUUUUGUUUAUCUUUUGGUGGUACCUCAGCCAUUAUAAACAGGUCCUGUCAAAACUUUAAACUUCAUACGGGGCAAAAUUAUACAUUAUAUAUUGAUAUUAUGCUUUGUAAAGAUGUUAAGCGUAAAUAAUGACAUGUCUAGAUCAUCUAGAGGGCUUUCAAUGGACAGUCAAAUCUAUUUUUAGCAACCCUUUGAUAGAUGCUUGUCCAACUGUGGCAGAUAAGGAUAGUGACCAAUAUUACAGGAGACAGCUAUUCUAGCACAGGGGAACUAAAACGUUUCUUUGUCAUUGAUGGCUGCUGUUGAAAUGAAUACUGUCUUGGUAAAGUUUCCCCCAAAAUUCUGUUGUACAUGUUAUAUUUAGUACUAGCACUAGGCUUUUGUUUUAUGCUAUUAUGGGUCUAGAGUAACAGUUCUUUUCUGAACACAAAAGUGUGUUUCUGAUAUGUUUUGAGAUUGUAUGAUGGAGCUAGUUUUAAGGUCCUCAUUUUCUAACAUUUUUAUCAAUGAGAAAAAUCAUUAACAAUAGUUUUGAUGAUAAAUUAUUGAGAUAAUGGGGUUUGUAUAAGUUUAAUAAUAGAAGCAAUAAUAAUAAUAACUCUUUCAUCGCAAAGGUCAAACUGAGGGAUUUUAUGCCCAGAAUAGGAACUUAGAGUUGCAUGUAUCUGGUAGUACAUGAGGCUACUAUGUUUUGAGGUUUUAUCGGCCUUUUUUUCCAUUAAAGAGUGUGUGAGAUAAUAUUGAAUUUUGACUUUGUUCUUCAGACUAGGCAUAUCAAAAGUAACAUACGUACUGUUUGUUGUAGCCAUAAGGUCUUGCAAGGAUAUUCUAAUGAUCCUUUCCUUUUCACAAUAUUUUCUUAUAAGUGAACUAAAAUGUUGAAUACAUGCUUUGUUGUUAGGGUCGGUGUCGCAGAGACAACUGCAAAUAUUUGCAUCCUCCAAAACACAUCAAGGCUCAGAUGGAAAAUAAUGGCCGUCUCCUACAGCAACAGCAGCAACAGCAGCAGCUUGCUUUUCAGCAACAAGCUUUUGCACCUUUGGCACAGCAGAUGCUAGCAAAUCCUUCUUUUGUAAGUUUGUUUGUUUUUCUGUAUUAAAUUGAUUGUGAACUGUUUAACUCCCUCAGUCAGACGAUCAAAGACUCAAGGAAUGUAAAUAGUUUUAAACGUAAUGUUUUUAAGUUUUUAAUAUAGCUACUUACGUUUAAUUUUUACUUAUACUUAUUUUUAAUUUUUUAUGCAUUUUUUGUAUCUUUUUAAUCCCUUUGCAAUUUUAUAGCUUUUUUUGUUUUUAUAAUAUAUAUCUAGUUUUGAGGUCCUUUUUGAAAACCACAUCUUUUAUGAAAAAGGUUCCUCAAUAAAGAUGAUGAUUAUUAUUAUUAUGUGUAAGGGCAAGUUAACACACUAGUAGUUGUAAGUUACAGAUACACUUUAUGCAGUCACACUACUCUCUCUGCUCUUGAUAUUUUACCUUCUUCUUACGGUGGCUUUAAGGCAUUUACAAGAUCAAGUUAAGAUAAUUAUGGUAAAUUUUGUCUUGGAGGAAAAAAGGGUUUCAUGUGGGAGUGCCACCUUGCUUUUCAGUAUUAACCUACAUGUAUUCAAUUCAAAGCAAAUCAACAAGGACAGAUGGCAAGUUGUUGUAGCUCAAAAACGGUUGUGGUAAUUCAUUGGGGUAAAAUUUUGGAGUGAUGUGUGGCGAUUUGAUUGACAGUUUUUUGCGUUCUGUGGGAACUAAUUUGUGUGAUAAGAACAUUAAAGGUAUAAUUAUUGCCCAAAGGCAACUGCUUGGCACUUAAAGUCAAAUGAGUUACAUAAGUUAAGAGAAUCUGGGAAACCUCCCUUUUUUAUGGAGCACAGCUUUAUGCUAGACCUCUCUUGGUCGUUUUUAGGGCAUUUUCCUUGGACCAAAGCUCAAGAAAUUCAGUGAUGAAUCUUCCACAGUUUUCGUACAAGAAAAGCUCAAAUCCUGUAAUCCUGUCCCCUUACCACUGCUAGUUGUGUGAAUAUAAUUUAAAGAUGUAUACACGAAACACUUUCCCUGAAAAUUAAUUCCGUAACAUUGUGUAACAUUGUGUAUAUGUAUCCUCAAAUUGCAGAUAUCUACUUGGCCGUUAAGCUUGCCUGGAUCAAAUGGAACAUAUCUUCAACAGCCCCUUGCAUUUCUCCCAGAUACAUCAGCUUUGGCACAAACUCCCUCAAGAAGACUAGACAAGUCUGACAAAUUAGAGGUUAGUUAUGCAUAAACAUAACACUCAACAAUAUUAGAGCAAAUAUUUUGAAGAAAUAUCACUAGACUAGAAUGCUCUUGACCCUUCCACCCAGACAAGCUUAUCAACAUAAAAAAUUUUGAAUGUACUGCUUAAAUGGAAAAAACCAAAGCAAAUAUUUUGGAAAAAUAUUACUUGACUAGACUACUCUUGACCCUUUUGCCCAGACAGGCCAGUCAACAUAAAAAAGUUUGAAGGUACUCAUAAAAGGGGGAAACUUCCCAGUCACUUUCAUUGAAAUUGGGCAUGUCUUGAAUCAGAUUGUAAAAUUAUUGUCAUCUCCAUUUUCACACAUGAACAGCACUGAAUACAAGUACUGUCAGGGCUCAUAAUUAAAAAAAUCCUCAGGUUGCCUUUUGGCAACCAAGUGGAGAAAUAUAAUCGCCAGAUGCAAAUUUUUAGUUGCCAGUUUGCAUAAUGUAAAUGAGGCCGCUCAUAGUAUGGCACAAUCCAUCAGGAAGUUGGUAUAAAUUUGGAGGUUAACUGGCCUUGUUUAUCCCAUUUGGCAAAUGAAAUGUUUGUUUUAAUUUUACUCUUUUAAUUUAAGUCUAAAUCAUAGAGAAAUCUGGUCACCAAAGUGUCGACUAAACCAGAAUUUUUAGUCACUAAGGAGAAAAUGUUAGUCGCAUUGGCCACCGUAUCAGUCGCAAUUUCGAGCUGUUCAGCUUGAUUUGAAUAGAUUUUAUUUUAACUGUUUAAGUCAUAAAUAAUUAACUAAAACACUUCUAAUAAAAAUGUAUCCAGAUCAAACUUAGAAUAAGUACACAAUGUUUUUACCACAGUGCUGACUGAAAGUUCUUCUGCAUGUUGUUUUGACCUUAUCAUUGCCAUAAACAUUGUUGUCAUCAAAUUAACAUCAAAUUCAUCUUCAGGUCUGCCGUGAAUUCCAGCGAGGGGCAUGUUCAAGAGAAGAGUGCAGAUAUGCGCAUCCUCCACGACAUGUGUCGAUUGACAGCUCUGAUGGAAUGGUUACAGUCUGUAUGGACUUCAUGAAAGGAAGAUGUCAAAGAGAAAUGUGUCGCUACUUUCAUCCGCCCUCUCAUCUUCAAGGAAGAGUACGGGCAGCUCAGCAACAGUCAGUGCCGGUUAGUUAAAAGCAAGGGUGUUUGGUUACUAGCUAGUUGAUUAUGGUGUAGGAAUAUCAGUCCUUUCAAUGAAAACAGUGACUGCAUGUAUAUAAUUAUUUUGUGAUAUUGACAUCAGCUGACAUCAGACUUUUGCCAAUACAAUGUAGCUAUUUUUCUUUGCCGUCUGUGAUUAGACGUGGUCCAUUUUAUAACUUAUUAGAAUAUUUCCAGCAUAAAAUCCAGAAGAAAUAAUUUUUUCUGGAUUUUAUUAUUCUUUCAUGACAUUUGGUGUGGUCUUGUGAUUUUUUUAUUAUCAUAGUAAUAUUAAUUUGAAUGAUGUUAUUGUUAGUGUGGUGGAUCAGUUGCACAGGUUAAGAGAUAGGAGUAAAUAAUUCCAAGCAACAUUUAAGUUAAAAAGUAAAAAAAUGUAAAUGUUUUGUUUUUGUUGAACAGAAAAGUCUCUUUUUCAUAUUAUAGUUGUUUUAAAUUAGAGUAACUAAAAAACCCAGUGUGUUAGGGUGUUAGGGUUUUUUUUCUUUUUUAAGAAAGUUGUUUGAUUUCCUAAAAAAGUUAACUAAAAGUAUGUAACAACAAUAUAAUGAGCACUAAUGUAAAGUAAUCUGUUUACUGCACCUGCUUGCAUGCCAGAAAUAAUUAAAUCAGUUUUGUAGCUGAUGACUUGCUGUGACUUAUGCAUGAAGCUACUUGAUUGUGUAAAAACAAAACUCUCUCUCCCAUGCUGCUUGCAUGCUUGUUUAAAGAAACUAUUGAAUUAACAGUCAGUAGCUCAUAGGGCGAAGUGAAGAUGCUUGACAUUUUUGAAGACAGCUGUCUUCUGUUUUGGUUUUUCUAUCCCACAUGAUUUGAUUUGUGAGCUGAGCUCCAAGUUCAUCAAGAUGGUCGUUGAACUUGAAUGAUCCGUAACCCUGCAUGGAAUAAUGCAUGAAGCUUUGUAAAGAGCAGUUUCCAGUUAAGUGUUUGUGUUUUUCAAAACAACCUUUCACUUCCUUUGACAGGGGGAAAAAGUAAAAUUAUCAAACAACGUACUGUAACCUGCAUGUUCAUGUUUUUAAGCAUUUGGCAGCAUAUUGGGAGUCCAGCAAAAAUACUUUUUCAGCACUUAAGUGGAAACUGCUUUAUUAGCUAGCAGUUUGCUUAAAUUAUGACUUGCAUUUUGCUUGUCUUUUUUCAUGUGCCACCCUGCUGCCGCUGCUUUCGUCAUAUUGCUGCUGGCUGGCUGGCAUUGCGGCUCAUUCCUUUUGUGCUUGCAAUCAUCGCCUGCUGUCUUAGUUGGAAGGCAGUCGCAAGAGGCCUCAUGACACAAUGACAUUACCAGAACUGGUACUUAAUUGCCUUUUGCUUUUCUAGAACUGUUCGUUGCAACAUGCACGCUUUUUGUAGCUGUUUAUUUGCACCACUAAUAACAGACCUUAACAGGGUUCCAACCUGAUCAUUUUAAGGGGGACAGCUAUUCACAAUACACUACUUUCCAGUCCAUAUUAAGCUUUUGAUUGUUGUUGUUUGAUCUUGUUUGGCAUGUCGAAAUGAUCUGUUUGGUAAAAGUUGCAUCUAAAGUGGUACAAAAAUUGUGACAUUUUUAAGUGGCAAUCAAACUGUCACAAAAUAGCAAAACUUCAUGAAUGCACCUUUUUUUCGUAAAGAUUGACAAGAUUUUCAUCAUCAUUAUUGCCAUUAUUUGUUUUGGUGUAGACAGUAUAGUUCGGAGAAAUGUAAGAUUAAGACAGCUUGGAACCCUGUGCCAGCAUUUUGAGUUGUCAUUUAUAGUGUUAGAGUAUAAAGUAAUAACAUUAACUUCAUUUUGGGAAGACUACAUGUUUAGCAGAUGCAAUGGAGUCGGUUUGGUACACUUUAUAGCUUGAACCAUUAUUUUGGGGCCUUCUUGAAACAAGCUUUACCAUCCUAGAAAAAUCAGUAUUGUUCAUUUCUUGAAGUACAUUCUCGGUCUUUUGUAAACUUUGUUACUCUGAUUCUAAUGAUUGAACUUUACUUCAGGAUAAUUACUUUAUUAUUUUGCUUUUGUUCGUGAUGUGUUUUCUUUUUAAGUUUUCCAAAUAAUUCAUCUCUAUUAUGACUGUAAGUAUGAAAAAUCAUGAGUUCAUUACCAUUUAAUGCUUUUUUUUUGGCUACUUACCUUUAAACAUGUUGUAUUGUUGAAUUGAAUCAAACAGAAAAGUCUAGUAAGGUGUUUAAUAGCAUGGUACAAAAUAAUGUAUAGGAUCACUUACUCUUUAUAGAUGACUUUGAUUGUAGGUCCAGGCAUUGUCAAUAGGGUUUGAUAUGUUUUUUAUUUUGGGACUAAAUUUGUGUUAUUUCUCUUCAGAGUUUUGGUGAACCAUUCAAAAAGCAAACUGCAUUGGAAGUGCCCCUGGUGAUGCCAGCUGCAGGGGCUGCAACAGCGCUUCAGUCCUUUAACCAACCACUAGGACUGCAGUUUACCUCGCUUAUACCUACAAGUAAGUAAACAAAUCUCGGUCAAAACGUAAGUAUUAUGUAAGUUUCAGAUUAGGCUGGGUGUGUUUGUUGUUGUUGUCCUAUUCUUCCUAUAAUCUGUGUCACAAUUCCUGAAGCAUCUCUGCUAUUUAUUCUGCCAGCAUCAUCUUGUUACUAGCUUAUCAUUCAUUCAUUCAUGUUUAUUUGUCAUAUCACACAUCCUUACAAUAAAGGUACACAUGUUAUAAAGAAAGUUAAAGGAAGCAGAUGGUGAGGAAACCUGAAAGAAACCAAUUAGACUGAGUCUGUCUGUUGUUGUUACAAGUCCCAUUCUUCCUAUAAUCUGUGUUACAAUUCCUGGAGUGUCUCUUCUAUUUAUUCUGCUAAUACCUAUUGAGAAGAAAUUCUUUAAGCCUUUUUGUAAAAGGUGUAUAUAUAGGUGCAGUGGGAGAUUUCGUUAUCUUAGCAUUCAGAGAGUUGUAAAACUUUUGACCUUGAAAGUAAACAGAAAACUGCCUGGUACUGGUUGUGCAUAGCUGUAACAAAUAGAUUCAGCACUCCUUGUACUAUAAUUAUGUAUUUGGUUGUUCAUUGAAAAAAAGUUAUUGAAUUUUGAAGGGAGUGUAGAAUUCUUAAAUGAAAACAUAAAAAGGCUUAAUUGAAACCAGUGGAUAUCUUGACAUUUUAUUUAUCAUCUGCUAAGGCUACACUGUAGUGGUAAAUCUUACUUGUGUUUGGAUCCCAUUUAAUACACUACUAUAAUAUGUAUUGCUUCUUCAUCUUUGGAGACAAAACAUUUCGUCUUUUAAAGGGACAGGUUCACUGCUCAGCACAUGCUCGUUAAUCAAAUGCUAUUUUUCUGCCGGGACAUGCUGUAUCAUCUAUGCAAGUAAUUAGAUCAUGUGACUCAUAAUGUUGUCAAAGAACCAAUCUGCACCCUCCCCUGGCAGUCACUUAAUCAACUGAGGUGCAAAUAGCUGUAAAUUAAUCAACUGUGGAAUAAAACCCUUGGGUCAACAAUAAAUUCAACGAUGGUAUUAUUGGCAUAAUGCGCUAAUUUCUCUGCGAUUUUAGUACUCCUCUAUCCCACUUCAGUUUCCUCUGAAAUACACUUCUACUUUGAAAUACACUCUGAGAUCGCUGACAUACAUGUGAGUGGGAUUAUUAACCGAUAGAAUUAAUAAUAUAUUGGAAAAAUGUAAUUUAAUUAAUUAAUGAGCAUGCGUUGAACCAUGAACCCGUCCCUUUAACUGCCAAGAGUGGCAAACAUCAAUUCUCGUAACAUUAUCAGUUCGCAAUCAAGACUAGAAGUUAUGAGAAUUGCUAAAAUGAUUACCAAAGGAAAAAUGCUCUGAUUGUUUUUCAGAUUCUCCCAACUAAUUCAGUAAGGAAAUGUUUAGAGAUCAAUUGGAGAAUUCAUAUGCAGAUAUUGGGGCUUAAGGGGUCUAACAUGUUUGUAAAUUUCAUUGGGUUUUUGCAGUUAUCUAAGCAGGAUCCAGAUUUUAUGUAUUAAACUUUGUUUUACUUUUUCUAGUGCCGUUGCUUGCACCUGGGUUACCACUGGUUCAAACACAACUUCCUCAGGUAAUUAUUAUAUUAACCAUUCAUAAUGGCACUUCAAGGAGGCUGUUUAUUGAACAGUGCAGGGAAAUGCUAAUGUGAUGCAUAAGUGAAACUGUGCUUGUUUGGAAGUUAUCCCAGUUCCAGUAGAGCUCAAAGUAAAGUAAAAAGGAAGAAAUAGAAUAAAGGGACAUGAUAAUGAUAAAUUUUCCCGUGACAGUGGCUAUUAUUUUUUAAUUAGGUGAGAAUAUUGGCUGAAAAUUGAAAAUUUCCAUAUUUAGUCAGUGUUCUGUGGAGCCUAGAUAUAGUGAACAGCCAAGAGACUGACAAAUUAUUUUUAGCUGGUUCUUUUCCAUGUAAUUAACCUUAAUUUACGGGGUUAAAGAAUGUUGUUCGUCAUACUAAGGACUUUCUUAUACAGAGGUUUGUUAUAUGGAACUUUCACCGAAUUUUUUUUCUACCAUGGUAGCCACUGCUUACAUUCCCUAAAAAAUAGCUCUGAUUCCUCUCUCGCAUAUUCAUUAACUUGAAUCUCACUGUUUGUCAUAAACAGCCUUCUUGAUCCACCAGUCUACACAUUUUGUGUUAUAAGUUCAUGAAUAGUCGCCAUACAUGUUAGUGUCAAACUUUUCUUUAGAAAUUUUGUAAGGGUUUUCUACAUUUUAAGUGGUAAUUAUUUUCAACAAGGUUUAUUGCCUCUUGUGUGCUGUCAUGUAAUAACCACAAAAUGGGUUUUGCAAAAUUGCAUUGCUUUCACAUUUAUCCUCCUUGAGGAUCCGAGUCCCUGGUCUUCUUUGGCCUCUCACAGAUUCCUCGUUCCCCUGUUUCCUGUAGUAUUGACACAAUCGUAUCUUUGGUUGCUAAAAGCAAAUCUCAUAAUUGGCAGCAAGUAAAGGCACUUAUCAUCUGUGCCUAUAUUCAUCAGCAAUAACACAAGUACUGAGUAGCAGUAAUUAGUGUCUUUCCAAUACAACUGUAAUUAAUCUUGUUAAUUAAUUUCAAUGCAGCAGAAAGGUGCCAGUUGAACUGCUCCCAAUGUUAAUAUGUUAACAUUUUGUUAACACUUGUAAUAUAUUUUGUUGAUUAAACCCUGGGCCCCAAAAAGUAAAUACCAGGACUAAAAGGGAAAGUUAUUGUUGUAACUAAGCCCAAAAGACAUUUAUUUGUGGUAAAAUAAUUUUAUCAAGACAAAAGGGCAUGAUACACCAUUGCUGAAAAAGACAUGAAAACCCUGUCUUAAAAAAUUGCAUGUCCCAACAGACUGCAGAUUAAAGCAUUCCAAAUGCUAAGUCCACCAGGUUAUGUUUGAGUAAAGAUGUUUAAUUGACAAAAUACAGAAUCAAGAAAUACAUAUAAACUGCAUUUAAUUCAUAUAGGUAAUAGCAUGAUUUGUAGUGAUAUUUGGCAGAAAUACCACAAGUGAUAUUUCGAAAUUGUAUAAUUGUAUAAUUUGAGACAAUUUUGAAAUGUCACGAGUGGUAUUUAUGCAAAAUAUCACAUCCAAAUCAUGCUAGUAUUUUUUUGUACUACUACCCACAAAAGGUCUCAAAUUUUCACAUGUAGGUAUUUCAAAUUAAGCUGAAAUACCACUGCUCUAAGCCCAUCAAAUUGCAGACAUUUCUGAUGUAGCAGUAUGAUAGAAAAAUUGUAGUAAUAUUUAUGUACAUAUAGAGCCAGGUUCUUUAGCAACUGAUGAUUAUUGUGCAUUAGGUUGAAAGUGAUUCUAAUGUUGAUGUUUCCUUUCCUGUUCCAUGUUCUACUAGUGGCAACCUCAGACUGUUCAACCACAGGUGUUAAGCUAUAUGCCUGUGGAGUCGGCCGCAACGCCACCACCUCCACUAGCUCCUCCUCCUCCUCCACCACAAUCCUCAUACCAAAUAAUUGAUCCUCAAGUCCAGUCAAUGGACAUGCAGUACUGGAACAGCUACACAUUAGGCUCAUCAACACCCACCACACCCACUUUUGUGUUGGCGCCUCAUGUUUUGUAA